AUGGGAAUCAAAAGUGGGUACUUUGAUGGAUCAAGAGUCUCGGGUUGGCUCUCUGAGACGAAGAUAAACGGCGUCUGUUGCUCAGGCAUUGGAGAUGGAUGGAUGAUAAAGCAUGAUCCAAGUUCACCAAACCAAAGGCCUACGCUUGUUGAUAGAGAUAGUUCACUAUCUUCAUCUCAAGUUCCUACUCAAGUACCGGAUGAUGUUGGUGAGCGUCGGGAACGAAGGAAGUGGACGCCCAGUGAUGAUGUUCUGCUGAUCAUCUUGUGGCUCAACACGAGCAAAGAUCCAGUUGUUGCCUACUAUGCCGCUAGUCCGAAGGCUGCUAGCUCCGAAGAGAGAGAGCCUGGUCACUGUAAGCAACGCUGGCACUGGAUCAAUGACUUGGUCUGCAAAUUCUGUGGAUCGUAUGAAGCUGCUACAAGAGAGAAGACUAGCGGCUGCAAUGAGAAUGAUGUGUUGAAAAGAGCUCAUGAAAUAUUCUACAACAACUAUAAGAAGAAAUUUACCCUCGAGCAUGCUUGGAAAGAGUUGAGGAACGACCAGAAGUGGAGUGACCUUUCUACUGCAAAAAACGAGGGAAACUCAAAGAAAAGGAAGGCCAAUGAUGGUGCAGAUUCAUCAAGCUCCCAAGCCACUGAACCCAAGCGUCCCGCGGGUGUUAAGGCAGCAAACGCCUCCGGGAAGAAGACUAUGGUAGAGGAGAAAGCGCUGAAUGUUCUUGAGACUAUGUGGUCCAUUAAACAGCAGGACCACAGCGGCAAGGAAAGGUUGAAGAAGAUGAGUAUACUUGACUCUCUUAUUGCAAAAAAAGAGCCUCUAGCCGACUAUGAAGAAUCCCUAAAGAAGAAGCUCAUCAGUGAAUUAAUGUUUAAUUAG